CGUUUUCUGCCCGAGGAAACCUGUAAUAACUACACAGUGUGUAGGGGAAGUCGAAAAUACGCCUCGAAAGCUACAUGGAUCGUGUGUAUUUGAGGUAUUUCCCUGUGACGGACUCAAGCUAACUCAAGUCCUACUGCACAAAUAAUCGUUUGCGAUUUCAAGUCCCACAAUAUAAUGUAGCUGCUCGACACCAUAUCUGGAUGGGAUUGGCUGCUCAUCACGCACAUUCACCAGAGCGUCUUGACCCACGACUACUAUCCUCAGCCCCUACUGACAUCUUGCGGGACCAUUUGUCGGUUGCGAUCUGUGGUCGUUUUACAUAGACCUAUCUUGAUGAGUCUUCUUAAAAGUCAAAGUUUGCACCUACAUUGAACUGGUGUGUGCUCCUACUUUAGCUCGGCAAAGUUGCCCCAGCAAGCAACAUGGACGUAGACGCCAACCUCCGAGUUCUAGGGAGUUUCGGCCGACUUCAAAACAUCAACUGCUUGAUCUACGGGCUGACCGUGCUCCCUGCGGCGUUCCAACUGACGGGGAUAGUUUUCACCAUGGGUCAACCCGAGGGGUAUCAUUGUAGGCCGCCGGCGGGGUUCACGGCGAACGAGACGGUGCCCGGCUGGACAGGAGUGGAAGAAGACACAGAGCUAGAUGGAUGCACAGAGUACGAAGUCUGGAAUGGAAGCGUUACACAGAACACUACAAUGUGUGACAACGGUUGGCAGUACCGAACGAGUCAUGGUGAAACUAGCGUUGUGACAGAUUUGGAUCUGGUGUGUGAGCGCGCUUUCCUGGGAGGAACCCUGCAGUCCAGCAUACCCCUGGGGAUUCUGGUUGGUUCGUACGUCUUUGGCCAGAUUUCCGACACCUUCGGCCGCCGUCCAGCACUCCUUGUUUCUCUGACCGGGAUCGUUGUGUUUGGGACGGCAAUGAGCUUCACCUGGUCCUACGAACUCAUGUUUGCUUUGGGAUUUCUGCUUGGAGGCUUCUUGCCCGGAAUUCUAGUUGUCCGAUAUGUGCGCAUUAUUGAGAUGUACCUGCCUAAACAGCGUCUGAUCGGUCACACGUUCAGCGCUAUGCCGUGGUGUCUUGGUCUCGUGCUCGUCGGCCCAUUUGCCUAUCUGAUGCCUGACUGGCGCCACUUCCAGCUAGUGGCCACAUUGCCCUGUCUCAUCCUGAUACCACUGGUAUGGUAUUCAUAUGAAUCCGUUCGCUGGCUGGUCCAAAAGGGUCGGGUGACAGAGGCACAGCGCAUACUCCGGAGAAUAGCUGCCUCCAAAAGUAUUGACCAACCGCAGAGUACCCACCGACAGCUUGAUGCCGGCGCAUAUUUCUCACUUUCUGUCUACGAUCAUCCAGACCAGGACGAAGCUCCGCCCGGGAGUGACACAGGACCCAAAGAGUUUCCACCACCUCAGGGCAAAGGUGAAACAGGCAACGACAGCCAAACACGUGGGGCCAAACGUACUCAACAGCGGUACACCGCCCUUGAUCUGUUCAAGACGCGGCAGCUUAUCUUUCGCUCUUUGGUGGUGUUCUACUGCUGGUUCACCAGUAACUUUGUCUAUUAUGGUUUCACGCUUAACGUAGCUAAUUUGGCAGGGAACAAGUACCUGAAUUUUUUCCUGAUGUCGCUGACUGAGAUACCCUGCUUCAUUUUCGAUUUCUUCGUCAUCCUGAGAUUCGGGCGCAGACGACCCCUGAUAGUCUUCUUCGAGCUUUGUGGAGUAGCCUGUCUUCUGACUGCAUUCAUACCAAAGCAGACAGUUUUGGAAGUCGACCUGACAGUUCUGAUUGUAGUUGUGGCAAUCAUCGGCAAGUUUUUCAUCACUGCUGCAUUUGAUGUAACAUAUCUGGUCACAACAGAAGUUUUCCCCACUGUUUUGAGGAACAUUGGUGCAGGGUGUGCAUCUCUCUUCGGCCGCGUUGGUGGGAUCGUCGCUCCGUUUGUUGUCUACUUAACCGUACUCCAUAGCUCUAUUCCGCUGGUCGUCUUCGGUGCGACUUCACUGGUAGCCGGCCUGCUCGUUUUUACUCUCCCCGAAACUCACAACAGACCAUUACCGGAAACCCUCGAGGACGGAACAAGCUCCAUGUAAAGGGCAAACCGGGCAGACACACGGCUUGCGCGCCCGAAGCACUUUGGUUAAUUUGCUUGUAUCUCUCGUUAUUAAACAAACCCUUUUGACUUGUUGAAACUGUAUAUUUGAUGGCAUUCGAAUAUCCAAGGUAUGCCACAGAAUGAUUAGGCUAGUAACAACGGACGAUAGGCAAGGCGUGUUUCCCCAACUUUAGCUGAUACACCUUCGAGCGGCAAACCUUAAGUGUUGGGUACGCGGGACGUAUAUUCAUUUUGUUUAUCAAAGUUUUGGAAACUUGUACUAGAGUAGGCUAAAGAUGGGAUUAUUUUUAUACCAAUUUAAAAACCAUAAAAAUCAAGAAGACUUGCUUUUUCUGUUUUUAUUUUUCUAUAUUAUAACAUAUCUUAGUACGGCACGCCUAAGCAGCUGUAUGGGCUGUGCCUGUUGUACUAAGACACAUUCAAGUGAUACAGUGGCUCAAGCAGUGUUUUAAAAAUGCAUGAAAUCAUCGUUUGAAUUAUAAGUGUCACUGACCCAGUAACAUUCUCACUAAACUGCUAUGGUCAAUUUAAUGGCACAGGUACAUGCAAUUCACACACGGUCAUGACUUAAAUUUUUAAGCCUAAACUUUGUUUAUAAGUUUCGAUACAAGGAUGCAUUUAACUCUGUGUUAUUACUGCGCAGAUUUUUCUCGCAUGACAAAAAUUUGAUCGUUUAUUAUUAUAGGAGAAUUUCUUCUCACAAAUAAUCAUUUUUUCCCAUAUUGUAUUCACGCAAACCAUGUAAAAACUACCACCUGUACAGUUGAUGCAAGGUUCCCCUAGUGUAGAACUGUUGAUUGCUGUAUGCAUGUACAUGUACUUCAGAAGAGGGGAGUUGUUUCAGUAGAACCCCAUCUAGUGGAAGAGCUGCGUGCGCUUUGCUUAAAUUUCUAUGAAUAAUGUUCUUUCGCUUUAAAUUGAUAUUUACAGCAAGCCAUGUAAUUUAGCAGCCAUCGACAUUCGACAGGCAAAAAGAUGUGACGUCGGGGGGAAGGUCUCCCUGUUCUUGCCUGAAUGUUUGGCGUGUCACAGUACGCACUGUCCAUCUACACAAUACACACGACUGCACAUAUAUGUGUUUUCAAGGCAGCGUGUCAUAUGGGCCCACACGGCAGUGCAAGUUUUAUAAACAUUAGUCAUGACUCCCUGGCGCAUCAUUAUGGUGGAUGCAAUAGGAGGGCGAUGAUUGGUUGGGGUAAAAUCUUUUGUGUUCGCUUUUAAGUGUCAUCCUAUACUGUCCGCCAUUCUUCAAAAUAUCAAGCGCAGCCCAUGCAUUAUGGUCAAAGUUUAAUCUUUUGUGAUCUGUUCUCAGUGAUUUGUUUUUUCAUAAGUAAGUGUGUCAACAGGACGAUUAAAGAAUAAAAUCUUAGGCCUAACCUAAAGUCGGUACUCGCUGCGGCGCUUCUUGCUGCGUCACACAUCACUCCGCUAUUGUGCAGCCUACACGGCAUACAGUCAUCCCGCCGAGGAACGGAGGCGCACGCGUCAACAUCCCUGUAUUUAGCCGCUGUUGUGCGCAUUAUUGCAAACCAUUAUUAGACCUUUUUCAGCGUCGCUUUUCCUUAACAUUCAAUGUACGGCCAUACCAACAAUGUUUCUCUUGUCUAAACAGAAACUUAAUGCCGCAGCAUGCACCUAAAGUCAAAAACCCCGGUUCCCCCAUCAUCUCCUAGAUGGAACAGAAAUUUUCAACUGAACAGAUUCCUUCUUUUUCGAUUAAAACAUCAAAGUUUUUUAAUAAGCUUACAUUUUAUUGACAUUUUGUAAAAGUCUUUUAAAUGAAUUAGGAAAUAAUGGUUACUCCAUACAAAUGUUAUUACACCAAAACCCAAAACCUAUCAACACUAUUCCCUUGACCCGUUCGUACUGUAAAUAUGUAGAAAUUUCCCAAAAUUUGUACAAGAUGUACAUGUUAAAAUAUGACAACUAGUAUACAAGUAGCAUGAUGGAAGCCAUCUUGAAUAUAAUAAGUAGGAAUGGUGACGAUAAGAUAACAUAAAUUGCAACAAUAGUUUCAAUGGAA